CUGCUUUUAUUCUUUUUAAAGUCAUAUGUACCACCGAUCACAAUAAAAGAAGAAUCUGUGCAUUUUGUGAAAAGAAGCGAUGACGAUAUUGGGAAUCUAAAUUGGCCAUUGUUUUUCGUGCAGAUUCAGAGCGAUGAGUUAUUGGACAUAAUUGAUCGAGAUUUGGAUUGCCCUUCUGCUCAUGAAAUGAUGUCAAAAGAAAAUAUUGAACUUGGCACUUUAUGUGUUUCAUAUUGCAAAGCAUAUGAAUCAAUGUUUCGCGCGGUUAUCACAAAAAUAUAUCAUGAAGAGGUGGAAGUUCAUUAUAUUGAUUAUGGUAACUACGAAAGAGUUUCCUACAAGAAUCUUCGUUCUAUAAUGAACUUGACGGAUAUUAUUAAGACUCAUCCAGCCAUGGGAAUUCCGUGUUUGCUAUCAAAUUUUGACGAGAUAAACGAAAUUUCUGAUAUAAGCAUGAGCAAUGAAGAAAUUUUGCAAUUGCAAUACGCUGUUUCGUGCGAACGACCAUUCUUUAAAUUAAAGUUUCUUCGUAAGCGAAUAGAUAAUAUUAUGGUAGUCGAAUAUGUACCAAUUGUUGGAAACUCAUAA